CGGUGGUCCGUCCAAAAUAAGCCAUUUCCUCUCAUGCUCGUGUUAUAGCCGGUAGAUUGGUCGGGUAUUCUGCUAAUAUUAAAAUAAUUUAGUAUCCAUUUUCGACAAAAUCCAUCUUUAUUCAGACAUGACUAAAGAAGAAGUUAAAGGAGCGACGUCGGCGGAGGAGGAUCUGCAGACCCAGUCGAAGAAGGCGCUGAAAAAACAGCAGAAGGAGGCAGAGAAAGCAGCGAAGAAGGCCGAAAAGCAGGCCAAAGCGGUGGCUGAACAGCAGAUGACCGAGGAAGAUGAUUUUUCCAAGGAACGCUACGGGGUCCCUCCGAUGGUGCAGUCCCAGCAGAAGCUGGACAGGACACUGGUCCGUGUCCAGGAGUUGACACCUGAGAAGGCUGACCAGCUGCUCUGGAUACGAGCCAGGAUUCACACCAGCCGAGCCAAAGGGAAGCAGUGUUUCCUGGUCCUGCGUCAGCAGCAGUUCAAUGUGCAAGCCCUGGUGGCAGUGGGCGAACACACCAGCAAGCAGAUGGUCAAGUUUGCCGCCAACAUCAACAAGGAGAGCAUAGUGGACGUGGAGGUGUGGUCCGCAAGGUGGAGCAGAAGAUCGAGAGCUGCACGCAGCAGGAUGUGGAACUGCAUAUUGAGAGGAUAUAUGUCGUCAGCCAGGCUGAGCCCCGUCUCCCGCUGCAGCUGGAGGAUGCGGUGCGGCCCCGAGGGGGGAGGGCGACGAGGAAGGGAGAGCUACCGUCAAUCAGGACACCAAGCUGGACAAUAGGGUCAUCGACCUCAGGGUGAGUCCUGGGCCUGCCCUGCUUUCAGAA